UGUUGGGAAAGACUGCUAUUAUCUUCCUGACAGCUGGGAGAGUUAACUCCUUGUUUUUGACGAAGUCUGAUGGUUAAUUGUUAGCUAAUAAAUAAAUAGCUGUAUUUAUUCUGUCGGAAGGGAAGCGAUGGAAGUCGACUCAGUGUUCGUCACUGAUCACAGUGGGCGAAUCAGCAGUAACCCUCUGCUGGACCAGCUCCCCAGUUACCAGUCCCUGCUGUACCGCAGGAAGUCGUCAACUGUUGGCUCCAAACAAAGAGGCAGCUCUAGAGCAAGGGUUGGCUCAUCUGGCAGUGGGAAAUGGGGUAUAAACACCUUUGUAAGACAAACCGUGAAACAGAAGAGUCAGACUGAGAAGCGACACAUCAGAGAACUAGCCAAGCCCAUGGCUGAGAAACGCAAACAGAAACAGUGUGCAGAAGAUGCUCAAAAGUUGAGCAGCUGGCAACAGUGGCGACAAAGCACCCGCAAGUAUCUGAGGAGGAUGAGAGAUGAAAGCGAAGAAUGGCUGAGCUCCUUGAAGCUCUGGAGGGGAGACAUCCACCUAAUAGAAGGGAUGUUUGGAACAGGGAUCCUGUCUUACUUCUCCUUUCUGCGCUUCCUGGUCACACUCAACUUUAUCAUCUUUCUGCUCAUGUUUGGUUUUGUCAUGUUGCCCAUCAUCAUUGCACCCCAUGUUUCAGGAAAUAUCACCUUCAGCCAGAAUGAUAAGUCCACUCUGUAGUUUCUGUACUCACCUGCUGUGCUUCAUCUGCAGGGCUUUCUGGAACAGACCUAUCUUUUCUACGGCUUCUACAAUGUGGAAAAAAUCCAUUUCUCCCACAUAACUUAUAAUUUGGCACUGGCAUACCUGCUGGUCACUAUAGGGUACCUCUUCCUCAGUCUUAUCUGGAUUGUUAAAAGGUCUGCCACCGGGUUCAAACAUAAUCUGAUUCAGGAUGAGGAUUGCUUUCAGAGUUUUUGCAACAAGAUCUUUGCUGGCUGGGAUUUCUGCAUCACCAGUGAGAAUGCUGCAAAGCUGAAGAAAAAGACUUUGCUCUAUGAGCUGAAGACUGAUUUGGAGGAUGAGAAGAUCAAGCAGAAAAUAGCAGAGCGCACCCACAAAGAAAAAUGUCGGCUUUACUUCAUCCGUCUCAUCCUGAAUCUUUUCGUCAUUGGUGUACUGGCUGCUUGCUUCUACUGCAUUUAUUUAGCCACUAUCUUCUCCCAGAAAGCCCAAAUGAAUGACCAAAAGGUGAAUUUCAUAGUAGAUCUCAUUUUUGAGUAUCUACCUUCAAUUGUUAUCACCUUUGCCAACUUCAUUACCCCAGUACUUUUCUCUUUUAUCAUCAACUUUGAGGACUAUUCUCCUGCUUUUGAGAUCCGCUUCACUCUUAUGAGGUGUGUCUUCAUGCGGUUAACCAGUAUUGUGGUUUUGCUCUUUUCUGUCUGGUCUCGGAUCACUAAAUGUAAAGAUGAUCCCUGUAUUUGUGGCUACAACCACGAUCUUUACCCUUGCUGGGAAACGCAUGUGGGCCAAGAGAUGUACAAACUCACCAUCUUUGACUUCAUUGUCAUUGUUUCCGUCACCAUCUUUGUGGAGUUUCCUCGAAAACUGCUUCUGAGGUACAGUAAUUCUGCCCUGGCUAAAUGGAUGAGCCAACAGGAGUUUUCUAUUCCUCAGAAUGUACUGGAGAUCGUCUAUGGUCAGACCAUCUGCUGGAUCGGCACUUUCUACUGCCCACUGCUGCCUGCUAUCUGCACCCUCAAAUAUUUCUUUAUCUUUUACAUCAAGAAGGUAUCAUUAAUCAAAAACUGUCGUCCAGCCACACGUCCUUUCCGAGCAUCCAGCUCCAACUUCUUUUUCCUCGGCGUGCUGUUGAUCGGCCUGACUCUUGCCUGUGUGCCUGUCAUAGCUAGUAUAGCACAGAUAAACUGUUCUCGGGCCUGUGGACCUUUUGUUAAUUACGAAACCUCCUGGUACGUGGUGCCAGCUACAGUUUCUCAGCUACCCAAAGGAGUCGAAAAGCUUCUCCGUGCUCUCUCUUCAGAGGCCUUUGCUGUCUCUUUCUUUGUUAUCACAUGUUUGGCCAUGUUUUAUGUGAUUGCACUUGCUGGAGCACACAAGAGGGUCAUUAAUGAACUAAGACACCAACUAGAAAUGGAGGGCCGCGACCGGCGUUUCCUGAUCCAGAAGCUGUGCCAGGCCCAGAAGCGCUCAGGUGUGAGAUCCCCACAAUCCAAAUUCCAACCCCGCCGCAGCAGCAGCAGAAGCAGUCCUAGCUACCACACUAGCUUCGCCACCAAUUUCAGUGAUGCGGUGUUCCUGGCCCAUGCAGCUCCAAGCUCCUCCACUCAACCCCUCAGAUGGUACGGAACCGGAGGCAGCGUGCGGUUGCUUGGCUCAACCACCAAAAUGCUCAGAAUUACGAUCCGGGCAGAAAUGGGAUCCCUUUGGAUUUUGUUCGGUGUCAUCUACUCUCAGUUCUUGGCCGUAUCCUCUGAUGACAUAGUUGUGGCAUGCGGUGGAUUCGUGAAAUCCGACGUUGAAAUCAAUUACUCUCUGAUCGAGAUUAAACUAUAUACCAAACAAGGAUCACUGAAAUAUCAAACGGAUUGUGCUCCAAUCAAUGGUUACUUCAUGAUCCCUCUCUAUGACAAGGGAGAUUUCGUUUUGAAGAUCGAACCUCCGCUUGGGUGGAGCUUUGAGCCUACCAGUGUCGACCUGCAUGUGGAUGGAGUCAGUGACAUUUGUACGAAAGAAGAAGACAUCAAUUUUGUUUUUACGGGAUUCUCAGUGUCAGGAACGGUUCUGAGUAAGGGCCAUCUCAUGGGCCCGGCUGGCGUGGAAGUCAAACUCAGCCGAGCCGGAACAGGGGAGAAGCUCCAGAGUGUCACCACACAGCCUGGAGGAAAGUAUACCUUCUUUAAAGUACUACCAGGAAAGUAUGACAUCACAGCUUCUCAUCCUUCCUGGACUCUCGAACAGAGUACUACCUCAGUGCACGUCUCCAAUGCAAAUGCCCCGGCCGCUGACCAUCUGGUGGUUGGAGGCUACGAUGUCUCGGGGGAGGUCCGCAGUGAUGGAGAGCCCAUGAAAGAGGUCACCUUCCUGCUUUACUCAGCCACAGUCAAGAGAGAGGACAUAAGUGGCUGUAAUACUUCCCCAGUGGAGGGUGCAGAUUCUGGGGACAGCACGCUGGCCUACCUGUGCAGCGCUCUGUCCAGAGAUGAUGGUGUCUUUGUCUUUCCUUCAUUAGCCAGCGGCGAGUACACUGUGAUACCUUUCUACAGAGGAGAAAGGAUCACUUUUGAUGUUGCUCCUUCUAGGAUGAAUUUCAAGGUGGAACACAACAGCUUGAAACUAGAGCCCAUCUUCCGUGUGAUGGGCUUCUCUGUGACUGGCCGGGUUCUCAACAGUCCUGAUGGGGAAGGUGUGCCCGAUGCUACAGUCUACCUAAACAACCAGAUCAAGGUUGUCAGCAAAGAAGAUGGCUCUUUCCGGUUGGAGAACAUGACAGCUGGUACCUACACCAUCCGUGUCAACAAAGAGCUCAUGUUCUUCGAGCCAGUCACAGUGAAGAUCGCUCCUAAUACGCCUCAACUUCCUGAUAUCGUCACAGCAGGGUUCAGUGUUUGUGGCCAGAUCUCCAUCAGCCGCCUGCCUGAAGGCAUGAAGCAGCAAGGUCGCUACAAGGUCACUCUGACGCACAAGAGCACAGACAAGGCUUUCAUUCGGACUGUUGAAUCUGACCAUCAGGGGGCCUUCUGCUUUCAGGCCAAACCCGGAGACUACAGUGUCCAUGUAUCUCUGCCUGAAGCAGAGGUGAAAGCAGGCCUGGCUCUGCAGCCUCAGGCCCUGGACAUCUCCCUUGUGGAUCAACCACUCACAGACCUAGUUUUCACCCAGUUCAUGGCUUCUGUUUCUGGAAAGGUGUACUGUCUAGCUUCCUGUGAUGACCUCUCUGUAACCCUGCAGCCAGCGAGUAGGCAGGGGGAGAGGAGGGCAGUGGCUCUGUCUGGGAGCAGCGACAUCCUCAGCUUCUCUUUUGACAACGUUUUGCCCGGGAAAUACAAAGUAAGUAUUUCUCACGAGGAGUGGUGCUGGAAACAUAAGUCAGUGGAGGUGGAGGUUCUGGAAUCGGACGUCUUGGGGGUGGAGUUCAGACAGAUUGGCUACAUCCUGCGCUGCUCCCUUUCCCAUGCCAUCACUUUGGAGUUCUUCCAAGAUGGCAGCAAACCUGAAAACGUUGGCGUGUACAACCUCUCUAAGGGAGUCAACCGCUUCUGCCUCUCCAAGCCUGGUGUUUACAAAGUCACCCCUCGCUCCUGCCACCAAUUUGAGCAGGACUUCUACACCUACGAUACUUCAGCCCCCAGCAUUCUGACCCUGACUGCAGUGCGGCAUCACAUGACAGGACUCAUCACCACCGACAAGACUCUAGACGUCACACUCACGAUCAAGUCGUCCAUCGAGAGCGAGCCGGCGCUCGUGCUGGGUCCGCUGCGGAGCCUGGAGGAGCAGAGGCAGGAGCAGCAACUGCAGGAGAUCGAGCUGCGACGUCAGGAGCGAGAACGCCGUGCAGCUGAAGAGGAAGGAGGUGCCAGAGACGAUAGUCCUCCUAUCCAAGAAAAGGCUGAUGAACUGACAGGCCCCUUCCACUAUGAGUUCUCCUACUGGGCCAGGGCUGGUGAGAAGAUCACAGUGACUCCCUCCUCGAAGGAGCUGUUGUUCUACCCUCCUGAAGUAGAGGCAACUAUCACCGGAGAGUCGUGUCCAGGUCGGCUGGUGGACAUCACCGGUCGUGCAGGUCUUUUCUUAGAAGGCAAGGUGUCACCAGAGCUACAAGGUGUGGAAAUAUCUAUCACUGAGAGAGGCGCUGCUACACCACUCAUUACUGUGGCCACUAAUGAGAUGGGAGCAUACAGUGUGGGUCCGCUCCACAGUGACCGGCAGUACGACAUCAGUGCAAGUAAAGAAGGUUUCGUGCUGAGUCCCGUGGAGGGCACCCAGGGAGAUUUUAAGGCAUUUGCUUUGGCUGGCGUCACCUUCAAGAUCAAAUCGGAGGACGGUCAGCCUCUCGCCGGCGUGCUUCUUUCUCUGAGUGGGGGUCAGUUUCGCUCCAACCUUUUGACUCAAGACACUGGCAUCCUCACUUUCAAUAACUUGAGUCCUGGUCAGUACUACUUCAAGCCCAUGAUGAAGGAAUUCCGCUUUGAGCCGGCAUCUCAAAUGAUUACAGUGGAGGAGGGUGAAAACCUCAGUAUUGAUAUAACUGGAAUCAAAACUGCGUACAGCUGCUACGGAAUGGUGCAGUCUCUCAACGGGGAUGCAGAGUGGGACGUGGCUGUGGAGGCCGUGGGUCAGGGAGACUGUAGCCUCUACAGCGAGGACACUGUCACUGAUGAGGAGGGCCGAUUCAGACUCAGGGGUCUGCUGCCGGGUUGCAAAUAUCUCAUUCAACUGCGAGCUGAAGGCAACGACCACAUAGAGCGGGCCUUGCCACAACACAGAGCUAUAGAGGUUGGCAGUAGUGACAUUGAAGGGGUCAACAUUAUCGCCUUCAGGCAGAUCAAUCAAUUUGACCUCAGUGGAAACAUCAUCACGUCUCCUGAACACCUUCCAACACUAUCAGUGAAAUUGUAUAAGAGUGACAAUCUGGACAAUCCAAUCAACAGCGUCUCUCUGGGACAAUCCCUUUUCUUUCACUUCCCUCCUUUGGACAGAGAUGGCGAGAGCUACGUACUGAUGCUGUACUCCACACUGUCCCGUUCCCAAUAUGAUUUCACACUGCCUCAAGUCUCCUUCACUUCCACUGGCUACUACAAACAUGUCACUCUUACCUUCCACCCUACUCGUAAAGUGCCCGACCAGGAUGUUGCUCAGGGGUCUUACGUAGCUUUGCCGCUCACUCUACUUCUCCUCUUAGCGGCCUACAAUUAUGAGAAGGUGAUUCCCCUUUUGUUACAGUUGGGGAGCCGCAUCCAGGGAGUGAGGAGCAUGGCUCAAGCCAGCAGCGAAAGUGCUGCUAUGGAUGAAGCCAAACGUCAGGCCAAGAGACAGAAAGCCAGGCGAACAUGAGGUGCACAUUAAGCCACAUCUUCGUACACUAAACUGCCCGCUAGCAUCCGUGACCCCAGCAUCGGAAAGCAAUGGGUUACCAGGGUUACACUUCUUCAUUGUUACCAACCAAGUGCUGUGUGUGCUAGUGAACUUUUUAGCUUGCUAAGGUGUGUUUGAAACAGGGCCCAGGUGAAGCCCAACAUGAACCACUCAACACCCUUUACCACCACCACCACCUCCACCUCAUCUGCCACUUUGAUUCACUGGACCGAUAGCUGACAUUUUACAGACUGUUUUUUGUCCACAAUUAAUCUUAGUCUAAGAAAAUUGUUGAUAUUUGUAAUAGAAUAUGAGCCAUUUUUUAUAUUUGUAAUUUAUCCAGGUCAACAACAGCGUUUUGUGGGUUUUUUGUUGUUGUUGUUUUUUGUUUUUGUUUUUUUUAAUGAGUACAAUGCUUAUUUUAAUAGUCCUAACAAUGUUUGGGACUGUGAGACAUUGUAUGCCUAUCAGCACUGGGGCCAAGUCAUUAAAACGUGGCUUUAAUUUGAUAAAGUGUUAGCUUAAAGCAGCAGUUCUCAAACUUUUUUUCCUGCCAUUUAGAUGCUACACACACACACUUUCUCAGCAUCAGCAAAGUUGAUUAUUUUACAUACAUAAAUUAUAGCCAUAAAGCUUAAUUUAACUUUGUAUUUUUCCCUGGUUCGUCCGCAACCCUCCUGCAGUGGAUUUAUGUCCCACCAGGGGGCCCCGCCCCAUAGUUUGAGAACCGCUGGCUUAAGGAUAUUUAAGGUUUCCAAACUAUGUGCUGGUCUUUUCACAAGCUUAAAAUGUUUUUAACUUGAUGUGUCCCCAUGGACUUGAUCUAAGACUGAACUGAGCCUUAUAAUCCCAUCACAAACAAGGGACUCUGUAACUUCCAGUUACAAAUGAAAGACAACCAAAGAUGUUAACGAGCUAAUAUGGUUGUUAGUCAAAUGACAUCACACAAUGUCAAUCACCAAUGAAAUACUGUAAUGCAUUCACUCCUGAUGGCAUUUUAUUAGGCGUUAAGUGUGAUGUUAGACUUUUUGACUCCUUCGUUUGCUCAGGUACAGGAUGCGGGAAAUUUUGGUUUGAAUACUGUGUUUUUGUUUUCUUUGAAGGAUGGGCUGCGGUGGCGGGGUAGGGAGUGAUAGGGCUAACUAAGAGUUGAUUAAUUUAUUAACAUAUGUUUAAUCAGAUGUGAACGAUAACCUAGUCUGAAUGCUAUGACGUGUUUUUUCAGAAGUGUUGGUUGAUUUCAUUUUUUUUCUCAUUUAUAUUCCAUAAGAUUAAAUAUGUGUGACAAGCUAAAUUAAAUUUCAGAAGACCCAUGUACUGAAUUGAAAAUGAAUAUCUACAAAGGGUCGUUCAUGACCUUUAGAUAAACUUGAUGAGGCAGGAUUGUGAUUUCAUAAGCUCAUUGUCUUACUGCAGAGCAGUUUAAUGCACUGUGAAAUCUAUGUACCCCAGCUCUUUUUUUCUGUAUUGAAUUCAUCUGAACUCAGCGGUGGCUGCCUUUUACAGAAAGAUGAAAAGGCCACUGACUAUUUACUGAGUUGAAAGAUAUUCCAAUUAGUCUACAUUCAGAAGUUGAUUACUUUGGUUGGGGUGGGAGACGGAAGAUGAGGGAGGUGGGGUGUAAUUGUCAUUUGUUCAGAAUCUGUUAAUUUUUCAGAUAAUCAAUAAAGUUUGACUGGAAUAAGA